CUCUAUUUAUAAUAAAAUUCUGCCGUCCGCUCAGGUCAGUGGGCGGGGCGGGGAGGAGGAGGUUGGGUAGAGCUUCUUUCCUCCUUCCUUGCACGGAAGGAAGAAGAAGAAUAGGUGGAGGAGCAAGAAGAAGAGACCAGGAAGCUGCUUUCUCCUUUCCUCUCCUAAUUUGUCUCCUCUCCUCUAAUCCCCCCCACAUCCACACCUCUCCUCUCCUCUUCCUGAUCUUCUUCCUCUCUCCCUCUCUCCCUCUCUCCCUCUCUCAAGAAACAAGCAAAAAAAUAGAGAUUUCUAUCUGUCUGUGCGUGUCUGUUUAUCAAUCUAUUUAGUUAUCUAUCUUUCUAUCGAUCUAUCUAUCUAAAUAAAUAAAAAAGGAAGAGGAAAAAAAAAACUAGAAGAAGGAGGAGGAGGAGAUUGAAAUGUUGAUGGGUUUCGAGGGCGGAAGAGGGGUGCGGAGUUUGCUGAGAAGGAAGCAAGUGGAUUCGGAUCGGGCGAGGGCGGAAGCCGGGGGAUCCCACCACCAUCAGCUCGCCAAGGAAUUGUCCAUUCCCCAGCUCGUUGCUAUAGGUGUUGGCUCAACCAUAGGUGCUGGAGUCUAUGUUCUUGUCGGAACUGUUGCUCGAGAGCACUCAGGACCAGCCUUGACCAUUUCCUUUCUGAUAGCUGGAAUAGCAGCUGCUCUUUCAGCCUUCUGUUAUGCUGAGCUUGCAAGCCGUUGCCUUCUGCUGGAAGUGCAUAUUCAUUAUUCUUACAUUUGUGUUGGAGAAGGUAUUGCUUGGUUGAGUUGGGCUUUAAUACGAUAUACAAUUGGUGGUUCAGCUGUUGCGCGAGGCAUAUCCCCGAAUUUGGCCUUGUUUUUUGGAGGACCAGAUAGCCUGCCUUCUUUUCUAGCACGUGCUCACAUUCCAUUCCUUGAUGUUGUUGUUGAUCCAUGUGCUGCAAUCCUUGUGUUGAUUGUCACUGGGCUGCUAUGUGUGGGAAUAAAGGAGAGUUCGUUUGUACAAGCCAUUGUUACAACUGCAAAUGUUUGUGUCAUGUUAUUUGUCAUUAUAGCUGGUGGAUAUUUGGCUUUCCAGACUGGAUGGGUUGGAUAUACUGUUGCUAGCGGAUACUUCCCUUAUGGAGUGAAUGGAAUGCUUGCUGGAUCAGCAACUGUUUUCUUUGCAUACAUAGGCUUUGAUUCAGUUGCCAGUACAGCUGAGGAGGUGAAGAAUCCUCAACGAGAUCUACCAUGGGGCAUUGGAACAGCACUGUCGAUAUGUUGCUUAUUGUAUAUGAUGGUUUGUGUUAUUGUUGGCCUAGUUCCAUAUUGCAUGGACCCAGACACUCCAAUUUCGUCUGCAUUUGCGGACAUGGGAUUGCAGUGGGCAAUGUACAUUGUCACAUGUGGUGCUGUCCUUGCUCUUUGCUCAACUUUGAUGGGUUCAUUGCUUCCCCAGCCUAGAAUACUGAUGGCGAUGGCUAGAGAUGGAUUGUUGCCACCAUUCUUCUCAGAAGUUAACAAAAGAACCCAAGUUCCUGUCAAGAGCACAAUCUUAACUGGGAUCUGUGCAGCUGCCUUAUCUUUCUUCAUGGAUGUCUCACAAUUGGCAGGGAUGGUUAGCGUUGGCACACUUCUUGCCUUCACCAUAGUUGCAAUUUCUAUCUUGAUACUCAGAUAUGUUCCGCCAGAUGAGGUUCCUCUUCCAUCAUCACUUCAAGAAUCAAUUGAGUCAGUAUCAUUUCACAAUAGUGUUCAGGAAAGCAAUGGGGAAAAGGCAAAACAUAUUGUUGGAACUCAGAACAUUAGCCAACAUCCUCAGGAUGGCACAUCUCAUACAAAUAAAGUGGUAGCAUGUGUUGAGCAUCCUCUCAUUGCAAAGGAGAGUAACCAGGAAAAACUGAAUGAGCAAACACGGCGUAAGAAAGCAGCUUGGAGUAUAGCAUGUGUGUGCAUUGGAGUUCUCAUCCUCACUUCUUCAGCUUCAGCUACAUUCUUGCCAGCCUUUGGACGUUAUUUGGCAUGCUUUGUCGGUGGCUUGCUCCUCCUUGGUGGUCUUGUCGUACUCUGCUGGAUCGACCAAGAUGACGGUCGGCAUAGUUUUGGACAUGCUGGAGGAUUUAUAUGUCCUUUUGUUCCAUUUCUACCAAUUUGCUGCAUCCUCAUAAAUGCAUACUUGCUGAUAAAUCUCGGUGCCGGCACGUGGAUCCGUGUGUCUAUCUGGCUCAUGAUCGGGGUAUUCGUAUAUCUGUUCUAUGGACGAACCCACAGCUCGCUUACUGAUGCUGUAUAUGUGCCUGUGGCGCAUGCAGAUGAGAUAUAUAGAACUUCGGUGGAGUACGUAGCUUAGAAUGCUUCAUGACUGCGUGUGCCAGCCACCCUUGUCUUCAUUACUGGGGAGUGAUGGAUCCAUCCUUGGUCUGUGUACAAAGAUAUCUGUGUGAUAUACAAAGCUGCCUUCUCCGGAAGGAUUGUAAAUUGUCUUCAGCAAUGAUUGGAGAAGAUACCUUUUAUUAGAUCGGACAGGAAUGUCAAAUAUACUCGUGGCUGGAACAGACUUGUCUGUUGUAUUUCAGCGUCCAGGAUUGUAGCAUUUGUUUGGCCUUUUCUAUCCUCCUCCCUUUAUCUUCUUUUAUAAAUAGAUCUGGUACUCUGAAAA